AUUCGUUAUAAGGCGCAGUACAAUUCCGAAGAUAAUAAUAUAUUUGAAUGGCAAGUUUAAGUAGAGGAAGAACAAUCAUCCAGCAAAAUCUGAAGAUAACACAGUUAGGGAAAAGGGGACAAAUAGAUGAAGCCAUCAGAGUGUUCAACAGAAUCACACACCCUAAUACUGUCACCUACAAUUCUAUGAUUUCUGCAUAUGCCAAGAAUGGUAGAAUCAUCCAUGCACGCAAGCUGUUCGACAAAAUGUUGUUUAAAAAUUUAAUCUCUUGGAAUACAAUGAUUAAUGGGUAUUUGCUUAAUGGUCAAGUUGAGAAAGCAUGUGAACUGUUCGAUAAAAUGCCUCAGAGAGACCAUUUUACUUAUGCAUUGAUGAUAACUUGUUACGCGCGCAUUGGGGAGCUUGAAAAGGCUAGAGAUGUAUUUGAGUUGCUUUCUGAUAAAAGUAAUAUAGCUUGCUGGAAUGCAAUGAUUACAGGGUAUGCAAAAGCUGGAAGGUUAGAUGAUGCUAGGAAAAUGUUUGAUGGUAUGCCGGCUAAGAAUUUAGUUUCAUGGAAUUCGAUGCUUUUGGGAUAUACCCAGAAUGGGGAAAUGCAAUUUGGAUUGAAAUUUUUUGAGGAUAUUGAAGAGAAGGACGUCAUUUCUUGGAAUUUAUUAUUGGGUGGGUUUAUUGAGGUUGGGGAUUUGGAUUCUGCUAAAGAGGUUUUUGCUAAGAUUCCUAGUCCAAAUGUUGUUUCAUGGGUGACAAUGCUGAGUGGAUUUGCACGAUAUGGGAUGAUAUUGGAGGCUGAAAUGAUUUUUGACCAAAUACCGGAGAAAAAUGAGGUUGCUUGGAAUGCCAUGUUAGCUGCAUAUGUCCAGAAUGGAAAAAUUGACAUGGCUGCUUCAUUAUUUAAUAGAAUGUCUCAGAGAAGUGCCGUGGCUUAUACAACAAUGAUUGAUGGUUAUUGUCGUGCUGGAAAGCUAAAAGAAGCAAGGGAUUUGUUGGAUCAAAUGCCAUACAGAAAUGUUGGUGCACGAACAGCAAUGAUUUCAGGGUACAUCCAAAACAACAUGAUGGAUAAAGCUCGUUGGGUAUUUGAUCGAACUGCUACUCGUGAUGUUGUUUGUUGGAAUACAAUGAUUGUAGGCUAUGCUCAAUGUGGACGGAUUGAUGAAGCUUUUGGUCUGUUUGAAAAGAUGGAACCAAAGAGCAUAGUUGUUUGGAAUACAAUGAUAGCAGGUUAUGCUCAAGUGGGACAAAUGGAAAAAGCACUUGAGAUCUUUGAGAAUAUGGGGGAAAGAAAUGUAAUUUCUUGGAAUUCUCUAAUUUCAGGUUAUACCCAAAAUGGUUUUUAUGUAGAUGCACUUAAAUAUUUCAUCACGAUGACACAUGAUGGCAAGAAACCAGAUCAUUCUACGUUUGCUUCAACAUUAAGUUCCUGUUCCAAUCUUGCAGCUGAGCAUAUCGGCAAGCAACUUCAUCAAGCGGCUAUAAAAACCGGUUAUGUGAAAAAUUUAUCAGUUUGUAAUGCUUUAAUCAUUAUGUAUGCGAAGUGUGGAAAGAUCUUUGAUGCAGAAAAUAUGUUUGAAGAUGUUGACAAUGCUGAUGUUAUAUCCUGGAAUUCCUUGCUUGCUGGCUAUGCUUUAAAUGGAUAUGGGCAGGAGGCUGUCAAACUUUUUCAAGAAAUGGAAGAUAAAGAAGUCAUUCCUGAUGAAGUCACAUUUGUUAGUGUUUUAUCUGCAUGUAAGCAUGCUGGCUUGAGUGAUGCUGGUGCAAAUUUGUUUGAGCACAUGACCAGAAAGUAUUCUAUUACUCCUUCAUGUGAACGUUAUGCUUGCAUGGUUGACUUACUUGGGCGAGCAGGGAGGUUAGAAGAAGCUUUCCUUCUAAUAAAGGAUAUGAAAAAAAAUGUCACUGUAGAAAUUUGGGGUGCCCUAUUUGGGGCUUGUCGCAUGCAUAACAAUAUAAAGAUUGCUGGCUGUGCUAUUGAGAAGCUUCUUGAACUUGAACCUCAUACAUCAACAAAUCUGAUUGUCUUAUCAAACAUGUAUGCUGAGCUAGGAAGAUGGGGUGAUGUGGAGAGAGUUAGGGAAACAAUAAAAAAGAGUGGAGCAGGCAGACUACCAGGAUGCAGCUGGGUUGAGGAUAGGAAUCAGUUGCUUGUUUUUCUUUGUGGUGAUACUUCAGUGCAGUCAGUGGAGAACUUUAACAUGCUGUUCACUUUAACUGCUCAGAUGAUGGAUAUGGGUCAUAUGCCUGCGAUGACAUCAUUUUGUCUUGACUCAGACAAUUGA